UUUCGUACAAAUUUGUGCGCAAAAUUGCAUGAUUUUAUACAAAUGAAUGCACAAAAAUGUUCAAAUCAACGCAGAAAAGAGUGCAAAAGAAUGAUUGCUUGAAUUCGUACAAAUUAAAGAUACAAAAACUAUAUUCAAUAUUAUUAUAGAAGGCGGGGUCCCCCGCCCGCAGCCCAGGGCCCAGCACCUCCAGAGGCGCGACCGGAGCGCGAGAUGGAUGUGGAUGAUGUCAGCGGGACCGGACCCACUGAGCGGCAGCAGGACAAGGCGGCCCUGCUCGCUGAAGCGCCGGGGGUGACCCGGCUGGCCAGGGUGUGGUGCGACGAGGACCCCGCCUGGAGCCUCCAGCUGCUGCAGCGCGCCGCGCCCACGCUGGAGCGGCUGGGUGUGGGCUGCGCCCUCGAGGCCCACCUGCGCGCGGUGCUCGCCAUGCCGCGGCUGAGGAGGCUGGAGGUGAUUUGUGAUGAUGGCCUGGUCGCCCAGCCCCCCGAGCUGCCCGCUCUGCCGCCGGGACACGCCGGCCUGCAGUGGCUCAGGGUGUUGUACCUCCCCCGCGCCACGUUACAGUCCCUGCUGCGGGCGCACGGCGGCACGCUGGAGGAGCUGGAGCUGGUGGUGGGCACGGCGGGGAGUGAUGGGUGGCCACACAGCUGCGGCGACCUGCACUCGCUGCUGCAGCAGAGCGGGCUGCGGGCGCUCAAGACGCUCGUGCUGUGGAGGGAAUCGGGCUGCAGCCACGAGCCAGCCGCCUGCUGGGAGCAGCAAGUCGAUGUGUUUCGAGUGCUGCCCGGGGUCAAGGUGCUCUGCGACGACUGUCACACCAUAGAGGUGUAUAGGGAAGAGGUCUAGGGGCGCAGCGCGCAGCGCAGGCCGGACUGAACACUGUUACGUGUGCAGGAAGCCAUUCUGCCAUCUGACGGGGGGUUACAUCGAUGAUGAAUGGGGAGUGGGAAGAGAGGGAGCGAGGGGCAUAAUUAAUCACGAGAUUAAUUACGUGUACAGAUAAACGCAUUUUUACUACAUUUCAAUAAACUGCGUUUUCGGGCCACCCUUCUUUUUA